AUGAUUGAGCUUUUCUCGAUUUUCAGUAAAGGAGGAAUUGUUUUAUGGAGCUAUCAGGCUGGAGACCAUAACUUUACGGAAACAAUUAAUAAUUUCAUCCGUGAAGUACUAAUGCAGGAGCGUGGAAAUACCUUACAAUUCAAAGAUAAUAACUACACAAUGAAAUUUCACUUAGAUAAUGAACUGGAUAUUAUUUAUUUGGUUGUCUAUCAAACUAUUGUACAGCUCUCAUACACCGAUAAAUUGCUAACUCUUGUCACAGAAUCAUUCCGCAGUGAUUUUUACAAGGAAUUGCAGGACAAAUCAGCUUUGUAUACAAACACCGAUGAACUUUUUAGUUCAUAUGACAAAACAUUCCAAAAUGUGCUUGCGGACUCUGCGAAGCUUGCAAGAGCUCAUGAAAAUGUCGCGAAAAAGCCAAAAACGUUCCAGGAAAGUGCGAAAUCUCAAAAAACCAUUGAUUCAUUGAUUAUUAGCAAACCCGGACAAAAGAAAAACGAUGAGAAAUUAAAAUCAACAAAGGAAAAAAAAGAGGAAACGCCGGGAUCCCCGGGCGGAGCAUCCAGCGAUGGUUAUUGCUCUUCAUCCCCACCUGGCUCUCCAGACGAUGAAGUAAAACGAAGGAGAGAAGCAUUAUUUGCUAAAAAGGCCGGUAAAGGUCAGGUGCCGAGCAGAUCUCCACCGGAAGAAGCCCCAAAGAAAAAAGGAAAACAGGCUAGAGUAUGGGCAUUAAGCGGAAAAGCCAGUGAUGCUGCUGUCCUUGAUAGAUCAAAUCCGGCCGAAUCAAGCGAAAAUGCAGGAAACGAAGAAGACAACAGAUUCGUUGAAAGCAUGCGCGACCAGAUUGGUACUCUUCGUGGAGAUUUGAAAUCGCUUCAAGAAUCCGAUGACGAAGAUGACGAUGAGCUUGAGGAUCAAAAGGUUGUUAAAUCGUCCGGUGGGUGGUUCGGAAUGAUCAAGGGUCUUGUUGGAGAUAGAAAACUAACUCUUGAAGAUUUGACACCACUAGUGGAAAAAAUGAGGGACAACCUCAUCAUGAAAAAUGUUGCUGCUGAACCGGCGGAAAAGAUUUGUCAAUCUGUUAUCAGCAAACUCGAAGGAAAGGUCGUCAAUAACUUCUCCCGGGUUGCUCAAGAAGUCAAAACCGCUGUUAGAGAAGCCCUUGUGCAGCUUCUAACUCCGAAACAUCGCGUCGACAUUCUUCGUGACGUUCUUGAAGCGAAAAGAGAAGGUCGUCCUUACGUAAUUGUAUUUUGCGGUGUCAACGGCGUUGGCAAAAGUACGAACCUUGCGAAGAUUACUUUUUGGCUCACCGAAAACAAGCAUCGCGUGCUCAUCGCUGCCGGAGACACAUUCCGUGCUGGUGCCGUCGAACAACUUAGAACCCACACCCGCCAUUUGAAUGCCCUUCACCCAAAUUCAGUGCAGCUUUAUGAGCAAGGAUACGGAAAAGAUUCGGCUGGACUGGCGGCUGCGGCAAUCAAAAUUGCAUCCGAGCGUGGAAUCGAUGUUGUUCUCAUUGACACCGCCGGACGUAUGCAAGAUAACGAGCCGCUAAUGAGAGAAUUGGCGAAACUUAUUCGCAUCAACGAACCCGAUCUUGUAUUAUUCGUAGGAGAAGCCUUAGUCGGAAAUGAAGCAGUUGACCAGCUUGUCAAAUUCAAUGAAGCUUUGGCAAAUCACGCAGCUCCCGGCCAGAAACCCCGAUUGAUUGAUGGAAUUGUAUUAACAAAGUUUGACACAAUCGACGAUAAAGUUGGAGCCGCGGUUUCCAUGACAUACAUCACCGGUCAACCAAUCGUUUUUGUCGGAUGCGGUCAAACAUAUUCUGAUCUUCGUAAUCUAAAUGUUGGCGCUGUGGUACAUUCCCUUCUAAACUAG